AUGGUUGUUGUUGAAAGUCUACGUAAGGGUUUUUCCAAUUGGUUCUAAUGGUAUUUUUAGAAAUCUUACUCGGGGGACUGCUUUUUGCAGACAUGACCUCUACUUUGACCUGUUAUUUUUUCCAUGCCGUCCUUCAUCACCUCUUACUUCUGUUUACAGAAGAACAAAGCACUUCAAUUUCACAAGUAAAUGGGUUCUCGAAUUUAUUUUUGUUUCUCCUACUCGAAGAUUUUACGCUGUUUACCCCUUGCCACGAUUUCGAUCCUCCGUUAGGCCAUAAUGAAACACGCACCGCAAUUCCUCUAAUUUUGCAGUGGUUACGAUUGUUUCUGACCUACGAGUACUCAGCAAAUGUUAGCGUAACCCUUUCAGUGAUUUCGCUCCCUAGAUCUUUUUAUCAAUUCUCCUUACUAUUAUAGAUUUCAUGUGAUUUAUUGUAACCUUAAGCAACAUUUCCUAUCUUAAUUCUCUUUACCUUUCUAUCAGAUUUCCUACUGAGGCUGUUAGGAGAAAUUACAUAUUGGUCAUUUUUGGGAGUUAAAAGAUUAUGCUUUGUGGUUUUGGUGGUAUCAAUUUGCAAAAUUAAUAGAAAUUUCCAUUUUUUGGUUUGCAAACGACCAAAUCAUAACUACCCAUUUUCAGUGUUAGUCCAAUUAUUUAUUUAAUCCUUUAAUUCCGUGGGCAACCACAAAAAAUUUAUGCAAAUUACAUUAUAAAUAUAAAAUCAAGAAGACAAGUGAUAAGAAUAAAGAAAUUAGGGAAUUUUUGGUUGAUCUGAUACCAAACUCUCCAAACUAACAUCAUAAGAACUGUAUAGUAGACAGUAAGGAGAAUUACUAAUGAGAUCUUGGGAGUGAAAGGGUUGACCAAGAUUUAUCAUGACUUAAGUAUUAUGUGCUUUGUCUUUAAUUUUUAGGUGACCCGUGCAAUGAAAAGAAAUGCACUGGUCAGGGACAAGUUUGUUCUGUUGACAAAAAUAACAAAGCUGUUUGUAAAUGUAAAGAUUCUUGCCCAGGGUCAGACAAUAAAAGAGUCUGUGGGUCCGAUGGUAUCACUUACCGAAAUCGCUGUCAACUAGAUAUGACAUCCUGUAAGCUUAGCAUAAACAUUACAGUGGUUUCUGUUGGUAAAUGCGGAGGUGAGUUGAGUGCUCUUGAUAAUAAGUGAUGUGUAGUUAAAAAAAGGGAAAUCCUGCUUCAGUGCCAAGUGCACCAUUUAGUAACAAGGAGUGUUGUUACUCCCCCCCACCCCCUUGGUGGGAUGCCAGAGACUUCCCUGAUAGUUUAUUAGGUAGGGUCUAGCCUAGAAAUAUGGACUCCUGACUCUCCCCACUUGUUUAAAAUCUAAAAAGAAAGGAAAUUACAAACCACGAGUGCGUAAUACUUAAAAAAAAAAAAUUAUCUCAUUUUGACUUCAGGUCAUAAAAACUAAUUUGCAAGAAGGUUUAACUUGCCACAUGACUGUCAGCUGCAAGCCCCCAACUUUCAGGGUCAUGUUUACAAUUUCAUAUAAGUCAAAGCAGAAUGGUCUUGUGGGUUUACCAGAGGUCAAAUCCAAGUUCAAUUAUAUUUAUCAGCAAUCAUCUCUCUUGACCAGUUCAUGAUUUCAGGUUGCCAUGGGAGACUUGAGCUUGGAAACCUAUCCCUAGAAAAAACAAAUUAGAUGCAAGUUCUUACCCAGGUUAUCAUAUUGUGAAUAAUCAAUUAUUAUUGUCUUUUGCUUGUUCUUUUUCUUCUUUAGAGAUCCCUUUGAAAAUCAGCCCACAACAUCAGUCUUCUCAAACUCUCUAUGCUGGGAAGCCUGGCAAAAUUGAAUGCAAAAUCAUUGGAAAUGCUGCCCAAUACUUGUGGCGCAAAGUUGGCCUAAGAAGUCUGCCAUAUGGUAGAGUUUUACCUCUCAAUCUCAAUAGACUUCUUUUCCGCCGAGUCCAGUUGAAAGAUGCUGGGAGAUAUGAGUGCCGCGCAUAUUCAGGAUCAAUGCGUGUAGUGGUUCCAAUAACUGUUGUUGUCUUGGGUAAGUUGAUUUUUUUUGUAAUUAGAUGAUGCUUCAAAUAUCUGCUACUGAAAAAACUAACCAGUUAAUCAUUUAUUUAUGAAUCAUACUGUCUGGUAAUUAAGAAUUUAGACUCUGUCUUUGUGGUUGUCAGAUUUUGUUUAUUUCUUCUAUGAUUACAGACCAAAUUUGUCUCCUGGCCUUCCCAUCAUCUUUAUUUUGAAUAAAGACAGCCAGUCAGUCAGUCAGUCAAUAUACCUAUCACUCAGGAAUUAAUGUGUGAAUCAAUUGCCAAAUGUUACCAGUGUGAGUGUCUGGUAAUUAGUUCUUAAAAGAAAUAUUGUUGGUGAAAUUAACUGAAAUUUUGUUGAUUUAGGCAGAAGUGUCUUUAUAAUGAGGCCUAUUUAAUUAACUGAUUAGUCAAUCAUGCUGUCAGUCAUUUAGGCACUUAUUUACUCAAACCGUCAGUCAGUUAAUUGGUCAGUCAGUUGGCCAAUCAGGUAGUCAUGCAGUCAUUCAGUUAGUCAUUCAGUCAGCCAGCCAGUCAGUUGAUUGGUCAGUCAGUAAGUCAGAUAAUCAGUCAAGUAGUUAUUGAAUCUGUCAGGUUAAAGUUGGUGGGUCAGUCAGUUAGUCAAUCAGUCAGUUGGUUAGUUGGUCAGUCAGUUAGUGGUUGGUCUGUCGGCCAGCCAGUCAGUCAGUCAAUUGGUCAGUCAAUUGAGUUCGUGUUCAGACUGAAGGGAAUUUUUGUAUUAUUUUACAUCAAUGCUGCCUGCAUUUAUUACAGAUCCCAAGACAAAGGAGACUGCUGUGGCACCAAAUCAAGUUUGCAAUUUGGAAAAACUUAUUGGUACAGGGACUGAUCCAUCCAAGUUCAGUACUCGAUGGUAUUUUGACAGCAUGGAUUCCUUGAUGUGUGUUUCUUUCCUGUACAGUGGAAUUGGUGGCAAUAAAAACAAUUUUAAGACCAAAGCUGAAUGUUUGCGGAAAUGCUCCCAUGCUGGUAACAAAACCUUUUAUGAUAUUAAUUUAUCAAUAGUGUCUAUAAUGGGAACAAAUUUGCAUAAAUUGACCUUGAAAACACAACUUUUCUUUCAGCUGGGGAUGUCUGUGCUCUUCCUAAGCUGCCUGGUAUUUGUAUGGCCUAUUUUCCCAGAUGGUUUUUUAACAGCAAAACUAAAAAAUGUGAAUCUUUCAUUUAUGGUGGAUGUAAUGGUAAUGCCAACAACUUUAACACCGAGGAGGAUUGUAAGAAGUCUUGUUUAGGUAAGUUGAGUUUUAGGGAAAUAAACAUGUGGUUAAACUUUUACCUCCCACAUCCAAUUUCUAACUCCUUACUGUCAACUACACAAUUCUUAUAAUGUUAAUUCAGAGAAUUUAGUAGUGGAUCAAUUAAUUAUCCUCAAGUUGAUAUUUUUCUUUAUUCUCAUCACUUUUCCGGUUGAUAACGUACUGAUAUUGUGAGGAGAAAUUCUGUCUUGGUCACUCAUGGGAGUUAAAGGGUUAAUUAUUUGCAGCUGCAGUUACAAUAUGCAAUUUAUACGAAACUUGAUGAGAAUGCUUAAGUCAGAAAAAUAUUAUUUAACAAAGGUUAAGAGAAGAAUCUGGCUGGAAAAAAGCAUACAGUUAUGAUCAUUAUGUGGUGAUAAUGGUAGUAAUGAAUUGUGUCUUGAAUCACUGUACAGUGUACUUGAUGCUUUUGAAAAUUUGUUAUAUCAAGUUGUAGAAGAAUGAUGUUGACAUCAAAUCAUGGAAUUCUGGAUGAAUGUGUUAUAUAGUUACAUACAUGUACCAUAUUAAAAUUCAAUAGCCAUGUUAUAGUGGAUCCAAAAUGUUGACUGGAAGGUUUUAAGGUUUAAAAAAUUUACUAUUUUCUUCUAACUUACAAGUAUGCCUAUGUCACUGACCCCUGCUUUAUUUCUUUAAAUAAUUUUCCUUUCAGCGGAUUUUGUUUGCAAAUUACAGCCAGAUGUUGGGCUCUGCAAAGGAUAUUUCCCCAGAUACUUCUUUAAUGACACAUCAGGGCAGUGCGAUAAGUUUAUUUAUGGAGGCUGUGAAGGAAACAGUAACAACUUUCACACUAUAGAACUGUGCCAGAAGAAAUGCCAGCCUGGUAAAUUAGCCAUACAUGUGCUUUGGUCUUUGAUUAAGUAUUGUGAUAAAUAGCAUUUACAGCAGUAGCUCUUCAAUUGUAGUUGGUAUGAUUUAUUAUUUGGUGCAUGAUUGAUGUCAGUGGAGCUCUGUACAAACCUUAAAUGUUUCAUUUAACUCAAGGAAUUUUCAAGGAAAGGAAAUUAGUUAGUUUUGUCUUUAGAGACUUUAGGUGAUUGUUUCCUUAGACUUAAAGUUUGACCUGUGUUUAGGUCAGAGGAGUUUUUCGAAGUUGCUUAGACUCACAAUUUCUGUGGUUUUCUUUGAAAAAAGUGCAGUUUUUAAUUAGUUUGUUGGUACAUAUCUUGAGAAUUUAUUGUAUUUUACUGUUGUUGUCCCUCUUCUUUUUUUCAGCAUCUGAUGCAGCUGUUCGAGGUAGGUAGUUGCUCAAUUAUUGAUUUGAUUCAUUGUUCUUUUCAAAAUGAAACUUAAUUGGUAACCUACACUUGAUUGGUUGGCACAGACUAACUAUUUAAACCUCACUAGCUAAGAAGAUUUUCUGCUUUGCAAGUCAAAAAUUUGUAAUUGUGUCAAAAUACUUACUCUAACUACAAGAAAGACAAUUGCUUAUGUUUUUGUCUUUUUUUGUGUGCCAUUAUUUUUUUAUAGAUAAACCUGGCCGCUGUCCAUGGCGCAGGAGUAUUCUUAGGUUUUGUACUCUGGGACAGGAUACUUGUGAAACUGAUCAAGAGUGUAAGGGCGAUGACAAGUGUUGCUUUGAUGGUUGUAGUCAUUCAUGUGCUCCACCAUUGAGUGAAGUCAAACCAGGUCAGUGUCCCAAAGUAGACAAAAAGAAUGGGACUGUCUGUAAUAAGAUGGGAGACAUGUGUGACAAGGAUGCUGAUUGUCCAGCAAGUCGGAAGUGUUGUGACAAUGGCUGCCAGAAAGACUGUGCCAUGCCAGAAUCUGUGCGUGUCUUAAAACCUGGUGUGUGCCCUCAAAACGACAUAAUUGAUCCAAAGCUGUGCAAAAGUGCAAAAAAUGAAUGUGAUGUUGAUGGUGAUUGCUUUGGCCAUUUGAAAUGUUGCUUUAAUGGGUGUAAUAAGGAGUGUUCUGUGACACCAAAGCCUCGUCCAAAGCCAGGGGAGUGUCCCCUGAAUGAUUAUAUACCACCUGAACUGUGCGAGGUUACAGAAGACAACUGUAAAAAUGACCAGGAUUGUAAAGGAAGGGAUAAGUGUUGUGCAACAGGAUGUAAUCUGGAUUGUAUAACCCCUCCCAUCAUAGAGAAGCGUGGUCAGUGCCCAACUGUGGAUUAUAUUGAUCCUGAAGCUUGUGAAGAAACAACAGAUCAGUGCAGUGUAGAUUUUGAUUGUAAAGGAAGGGACAAAUGUUGUGCAACAGGCUGUAUAAAGGAGUGCGUAACCCCUCCCAUCCUAGAGAAACCUGGUCAGUGCCCAACUGUGGAUUAUAUUGACCCCAAGACUUGUGAAGAAACAACCGAUAACUGCACUGAAGAUAGUGAUUGUAAAGGGAAGGACAAAUGCUGUGCAACUGGCUGCAUAAAGGAGUGUAUAACACCUCCAAUUGAACUUCCUACCACCAUAAAGGAUGGUCAGUGUCCUAAACCAUGGAAGGGACUUGAUGGUAUCUGUGACCGACGGGGGGACAUGUGCUCUGGUGAUGAUGAUUGCAGUGGACUGCAAAAGUGCUGUUUUAAUGGGUGCCAGAAAGAUUGCAUUGAGCCUGUACCUUUGGAUAAACCUGGUGAGUGUCCGAGCCCUUGGAAAGGGAAAGAUGGCAUUUGUGAUCGGCGUGGAGACAUGUGCAAUGUAGAUGUUGAUUGCGAUACUUCUGAAAAGUGCUGCUUCAAUGGCUGCCAGAGGGAUUGUGUUAAACCUGGCACUGGCAAGAAAUCUUCAGGGAAGCCUGGUCAGUGUCCAAUUCCAUGGAAACAGCAACCAUGUGACAGAAAGGGAGAUGUGUGCAGGGAAGAUAUCGACUGUAGUUCUGGAAGCAAAUGCUGUCACAAUGGCUGUCAGAGGGAUUGUGUCAAACCAGGUGAGGGUAUCCAGUUACUUUCAUUAUUAUUUUGAUACUUUCCUGUAAGUUAACUCCCAAAGUAAAUCACAAGUAAGUUUUGUUUGUAUUAGUUUUGCUUUACUUGGCUUUGUGAUUAAUGCAACCCUCUUGAACUAGAUUGUGUGAUUUUGUCUCAGUGAUUUUUCACUCAUGUUUUUUUAUGUGAUGUGUAGUUUGACUGCUUUCAUUUAAGUAGCUAAACAUCUGCUAUAAUUUUAGAUCUGAUUGUUAAUUCUCCCCUCUAGCAGUUACAGAUUUCCUUGUAAAUUAGUUAUGAGAACUUGGUGUAAGAUCUAGAUAGCAGCUUCUACCUGAUAAGUUUGAAUAUUCUCAUCACCUGUUUGCUGAAUAAUGUAUGGAUAUUACUGGGAGAAGUUUCAUGUUAAUCACUACUGGGAGUUAAAGGGUUAAAAAAUUAUCAGGAUGUUCAACUUACAGUGCUUGUAUGUAUAACUUGUCAUCAAACACCCUUGUUCUAUUUACAGUUAAAUCUGUAUUAACCCUUUAACUCCCAGAAGUGAUGCAAAUUUAACUUCUCCCUACAAUAUCAAUACUUUUGCCAGCAAAAAAGUAGUGAGUAUACACAAUUGUAUCAGGUAGAAGUUGUUAUCUUGAUCUAACGCCAAAUCCUCAUCACUAAUCCACAAGGAAUGUGUAGCAGCUAUAGGGGCAAAUUAAUAGUCAGAUUUUGGGAAUUAAAGGGCAAAGCAGAACUUCAUUUUAAGUGGUUACCAUGUGUUAAGCAGUCAGUUAUCAAAGUCCCAAAAUCAUUUCCCCUUAAACACUGUCAGUAAUUUUUACCUCUAUUAAGCAGUCACCUUUAUUAUGCAGUGGUAGUCACCAUGUACUGAGUCCUAGUGGCCUGUUUCUAUCGUCUUCCGCCUGUCUUGAAAGGUCAUGUAAAGCAGAACCAACUAAGAACAAGCUCUCAAGUAUACAGUAUUUAAUCCAUAUUCCCGGAGAUCAAUGGUAGUAGUAUAUUUGAGCAAGAUUUUGAACAUCUUACAUUUCUGUCUUGUCAAUUACAAAAUGUAUGGCAUAAAAAGGGGUCUUUUACCGUUUUUUACAAUACCCCUAUUCUGUGGAACCAGUCAAACUGCAUGCAUUAACCCAUUUAGCUCUAAGAAUGACUAAAAUCUAAUUUCUCCCUACAAUAUCACUCCCAAAUCAUGCAUUAAGGUCAUGAGAAUAAAGGAAAUGGUCACCAGGGAAGGAACCUUUUGAUUGGCAAACAAAUUCUCCUUGUCAGCACCUUAGGAAAUGUAUAAAGAACAGUGUGGAGAAUAUGCAUACUGAUGUUAGAGUGUAAAGGGUUAAGCGGUCACCCUGCCAUUCCCCCUAGCUUUUACUUUUCAUAAUUGAUCUGUAUUUUUAAAUAGAAAAUCUUACAAAGUGCCAAGAGGAAAUGCAAUCUGCUUUGGACAAGUUAGCAUUGGACCCCCCUCUCCUUGGUGUUUUUGUUCCACGGUGUAAGCCUGAUGGUGAUUAUGAGGACCAGCAGUGUCAUGAAUUGUACUGCUGGUGUGUGGACAAGGAUGGAGAAAAAAUGCCAGGUACAGAGGUACAAGGCACAGCUGUCUGUUCCAAACGUGGUAAGAACACAAACUACCUAAAAUAUAUUAUUACAUACCUGUGCUCAUCAAAUCAAUUUGUUGGAGAAUUUAAUCUUCUAAUUGCUAGCAUUUUUGAAGAAGAGCCAAUUGUGUCAAAACAAGCUGGUGAAUUUUCCUAGAAGUUCCAAAAAAAAUCUAGUUUUCAUUGCCUCCCUCCUUCCAUGAAAGGUUUUGGUAGAAGUAUUUGAGUUUAUUUUAGAUGAUAUAUUUUGUUCUGUACAUGAAUAGCAUGAGUUUUUCCUGCUAGGGUUCAGAAAGUGAUCAGUAUGCACUAGCUGGUGUGACAUUUAAAGGUUUAAUCUGUUGGUAAGAGGCUUGCAACCACAGGGCAAAAGUUGGCAGAUAUAGCACAAUUUUCUUUUGAAAUGGAGCCUUCAAUUAAUCAGUGAAAUUUAAGGUAGCUAUAACAUUAAGUGUUGCCAAAUUGUGACUGUUGUGGGAAUGACUGGAUGGCUUCCUGGCUGAAACCUUGCUUAGGAGGUCUGACUUAACCCAACAGCUGUGUAACUAUUCACCCUGAAAUUUCUUAGACUAGAACUAAAAUAAAAUUCUAUUGUUGGUAAUAUUUCACUCAACAGCAAAACCUGGAACAUGUCCGAGACCUUGGUUGGGUCAAGGGGGGGUUUGUGACUUGCUCCCUGACAUGUGCCAGCAUGAUUCUGAUUGUGAUGGAGACCACAGGUGUUGCUUUAAUGGAUGUCAGAAUUUCUGCACAUCUCCAGGUAUGAAUUUCACUAAAAUAGAAGAACAAAGAAAGAAAUGAACAAAUGUGGUGAGCAGGGCAAAGAUAUAUCUGUUUGCAUAUCUUCUUUAUUGUUCUUUAUACAUUUCCCUAGGUGCUUAUAACGAGAAUUGGUUUUAACAAUCAAUUGCUUCUUUAGUUGGUGAUCAUUUCUUCUAUUCUUGUCACCUUGAUGAGUGAUUCAAGGGUGAUAUUGUAAGGAGAAAUAAGAUGUUAGUCACUGUUAAGGGUCACAGAUUUAAUAGGACUCAGAGAAAUUUUUUCUAAUAGGUACUGUGCUAGUGCUGAAAAUUGAGAGUAUUAGUACAUUUCCUUUUUUCAGUUUUUCAGGUGAUUAAAGAGGAAGUUAUGAAAAUUAGUAAAUUCCUUCCACAAAUUUUUGUUGUAUAGACUGAACCACAAAGAUCUGAUCUAGCAAAAGGCAAAUUAUUACCUGACCAAUGAACUUAAUGAAACCCUGACAAAUCAUUGUGCCAGACUCCAUGAUACAGUAUUUACUUUCAAAGUGUUAAAUGAUCAGCUUGAAAAAAUUUUAACUUAUCAAAUUUGUUGAUCUUCAUCUCAGUUGGUAUUAAACUCUGCGCAAGGCACAGGAAGAGAGAGAUCUCAAAAACCCAUGGAGGACGCUUCCCAAUAGGAGCAUUCAUACCUUCCUGUAAACUAAAUGGUGAUUAUGAGGAGGUACAGUGUCAUGGAUCUACUGGGUUUUGCUGGUGCGUAGACAAGCUUGGCAAUGAACUGGAAGGUACUCGAAUCAGAGGAGAACCAAAUUGUACCUCUUCAGGUAUGAUAUCAGGAGUGCAGGGCACUUUCAUAAAAUUGCUUUAAUUUUGUUUGUGACCUUAUGCUAUGGUGGUAACAGCUUCAAAGAGUGCAUUGUUGGGGAUAAUCCAGAUCAGGAUCAUUUAUCAGAGAUCACUUGGAUUGUGGUGCACCAAGGGAUUGGGGUUUGGGUGCCUAGUAUCAGUUUCAUGACAGUAAGCAUGAAAUUUCAGUAUGCUUGAGAGUGGGAAAGAAAUGUUGUGUAGAGUGAUGAAAUUCAAAUCCCAUGCCAAUGGAACACAGCAGAUCAGUGAUCCAAGGAAUCCAUGUCCAGGGUGGAUUCAAUGAAUCAGUGAUCUUAAAAUGGAUUCCCACUAAAGGAUUGCUGUACAUCAUAAUCAUUCUUAUCCUGAUCACACCAAGGGAAUGCGCCCAAACACUUAAAUUUGAAAUGUAUACCUGAACUGCAUUGUGAUCAGCAGUUUGGAAUUUCUUGAUUUCAGUUGGUACCAAACCCUGCACAAGACAGAAGGAGAGAGAGCUCUCAAGGAACCAAGGGGGUGUCCCCUUAAUAGGGGCAUUCAUAACUUCCUGUAAACCAAAUGGUGAUUAUGAGGAAGUCCAGUGUCAUGGAUCUAUUGGGUUCUGCUGGUGUGUUGACAGUCUUGGCAAUGAAGUGGAUGGUACUAGAGUGAGAGGAGAACCAAAUUGUACAAUUUCAGGUAAGAUAUUGGAGAUCUGAAGCGCCCCUUUGUGAAUUGCUGUCUUUAGUUUUUAAUCUGGCAACAACAGCUUCAAAAGGGUUCAAAUAGGGGUUCAUAGCUAUGUAUGUAGCUGGAUCAUCCAGAAAAAAACUUCAGAUCUGAAAUCACAAUUCAUGGUUGAGCACAGGGUCACUACAUUAUUAUGAUUAGAAUCACUAAUAGUGGAGAGGUUAAGCAUGGCAGUUACAGAAAAUAUCUGCUUUCAGUUAUUUUAUUGUAAUUUUAAAAUAUUUUUGUGGACUUUCGCAAGAUUUUUUUUGCUGUUUACCUACACAGGUUAUCUAAAGAUUGUGCAAGAAUUGAGUUAGGCAGAGUUCAAAUUGCACUUUACUUUUGUUGUAACAACUAAACAAUGUAAACUCUUGCAUGUGAUGAUGUGCGAUAUGAGUCCUUGAGGUUUUUACUAGUAACAGUUUUGUGAAGUAUGGGGACUUGCAAUAUAUAUCAAAUGAAUUUAAAAAUGCAGUAGGCACCAAUUUCUGUUUGCAAUUGCCCACUUGUAAUCAGGCAACAGUAAAUCAGAAAUGUUCUUAAACCAUAGUAUGCACCUACAUCUGUUGGAAGUAUUUCUCCCCUUUCAGGAAAGUGAAAUGUAAAGCACAGUACAGUAUCUCAUAGACCCUGCAUAUACCCAGCCAUUGGGGAUGAUGUGGAUAUGUUUUCCUAUUUUUUCAGCAAAUACUAAGAUGAAUGGAAAGGAAGGAACUUGUCCUACGCCGUGGAAGGGGCUUACAGGUUUCUGUGACAAAAUGGGUGAUGAAUGUGGAAUGGACUUUCACUGUCCUGGAAAUCAGAAAUGUUGCUUCAGUGGCUGCCAGCAGAUGUGUGUGAAUACAUCAGAGGUUCACAAGAAAGCAGACACAAAACCUGGCCAAUGUCCCAAACCUUGGCUGGGUAAAGAAGGGCUGUGUGAUCGCCGUGGGGAUAUGUGUGCGAAAGAUACUGAUUGCAAAGGAAGUGAGCUCUGUUGCUUCAAUGGCUGCCAAAAGGACUGUGUUAAUCCUGGUUGGUAACAUUUCUUCUUCAUCAUUGUACUCACAGGAUGACAACUUAGGGCAUAUUUAUGACUAAUUUGAUUUAGUAAGAGUGAGUUACAUUUUCAAAACUUCCAUGUAAAUUUUUAAUAUUUUUUUGUUUAUAAACCAAUUUUCCUUUGAUUGCUGAUGUUUCAGCCUGUUUGGUCCCAAUCUGGUUGCUUAUACCUAUUAGAUAUGAGCCACCAUGGAAAUUGGGAUCAUUAGUAGUCACAACUUGAAGGCUUGAAUCAUCUGGAGUUAUAUCAAAGCCAAGAAAAUCAACUUAAAUAACCCUCUCUCGUCAUUUUUGAAAGGUCUGUCUACUUGUCAGCAAAGAUUUGAAGAGUCUUUUCUGUUCCCACAAUUGGGUCGCUUUGUUCCAUCAUGUAAGAAAAGUGGUGGAUUUCAAGAAAUGCAGUGUCACUUUUCCACGGGAUAUUGUUGGUGUGUAGACAGUUAUGGCAAGGAACAGCUUGGAACACGAACCAGAGGAAAACCCAACUGUACUCUUCCAGGUAAAAAGGAAACAAGUAUUUGUGAGUGCAUGUACAUGUAACUUCUGGAGGAAUUAUAGAGAUAUUUGUAGACAUCAGUUUGCACAUACACUGUUGAGCAUAUCACUCAUGCCAGGUAGCUCUUUCAUGUCUUUUAUCCCCUACAGGAGAGAUCAAGGGUAUUUUGGGUUACUUCCCCCCCCCCCCAAACAUUUAAUCAGAUUCUACAGACAUAUUGCAGUGCUCAUUUUUUAAUGUAAGAUAAGAGCUCUGUGCUCAAAAAGAUUACACAGUGAUCAUAAGCCAUACAAUUUGACCUUGUGAUCUGAACUCCAGUUCAGCUGUGGAACUACAUGUAAAAGAGACACAUUUGAUAUGUUGUGUGUAAGCUUUUGAACUCAAUUUAUUUGACAUGUAUUCACACUGUCAAAGUGUUGUUCAUUUCUAACAUUUGAUGUUUCCAGAUCCAUGUCAGUUCACCUCGUGCCCAUAUUAUGGACAGUGUGUUCCCACCAAGGACCACAAGUCAGUAGAAUGCAAAUGCAAUAUUGCCUGCAUAAAGAUUUAUGCUCCAGUUUGUGGAACAAAUGGCAAAACCUACGAUAAUGAGUGCAUUCUGAAGGCUGAAGCUUGUGCGGAAAAGAAGAAUGUCACUGUUGAUUACAAGGGUGAAUGUGAAGUAGGUCAGUGGAAAGGUGAAUUUAUUUAUAGCCUCUGCAGGGUUCUGGCCCAAAGGCUGAUACCUAAGGAGGCACUAUAGAGUCCCCUUGUAUAGGGAGAAUUAAGAAAUGACGUAUGAUUGAUAGAGUAGGUGACAAAGGAUAAUUGAAUCAAAUCAAGCAGCCCAUGACUUUAACUGUCCCUAUGGCAUGUGUUUCGCAUUAUAUUGUAAACAAUGGAAACGAUUUACAAUAGCAUUUGGUUUGAACCUGAACUCAAAAUUUUUUUUUCUCCAACAAUGCUUCAUAUAAACUCUGCUCUGAAAAAAGGUUUAAGAUACAAAUUUUAGUGUUGAAAAAAGGGAGGGGGCAGUGUUUGUGACAACUGUUACUAGUUUUAGUUAAUAUAGUUUUGUGUUUUAUUGUAAGUAAUAAGGAGAGGAAGAAGAGGGUUUUAUUAGAUGAAGCAUAAUUUCAUUCACAGUUCAUGCCAGGAUAACUUUAGAUUUGUAUCUUAACCUACUAUGAGACAGAUCACAGUAAUUCACCUUUGCUAGGAGAGAAAGGGAAAUAUACCAUGGGUAUCAGUUUUAUGGUCUAGAUUCGGCCUUAGUAUAGUUAAUUUUCAAUUUAUUUUGUGCAUUUCUCUAUAGAAACAGAGAAAAAAUUAAAUCUUUUUAUCUUUUAGUGGAUCCAUGUGCCUCAGUAAAGUGUGACUUCUAUGGCAAGUGUGAUGUCAUUGGUGGAAACAUCACUUGCGUCUGCCCUGGUGAAGGUAGCCACCCAGGCUGUGGCAAUGAAGAAGAACCUCUCUGUGGUUCUGAUGGAAAGAUUUAUGAGAACUUGUGUCUCUUAAUGACUGCCUCCUGCCAAAAAAAGACAGAGAUUAGCCCAGCACUGCCAGAAAGUUGUGGUACAGGUUUAUUUCUCUCAUUUUCCUUUCAAAUGAGGUUCAAUAUUGGAUAACUGAAUCACUUCCUUCCCAUCUUAAGUCUUUGGGUAAUUUCACUAAUACCCCUUUUUCCCUUUUAUUAAUGUUGGCAAUGGUAAAGAUAAUGAUAAUUAGCACUCUGAUCAUUAGUAUCAACUUUGCAGGAGUAGUGAAUAUUGAUCCCUGCGUCAACAUCACGUGCAGCCAUCCAUUGCAAAAAUGCACCACAGAUGAUAAAGGCAAACCUGUCUGCAGCUGUACACACCUUGGAUCCUGUCCAAAGAUCAUUAAGCCAGUCUGUGGAGAUGAUGGUCAAAAUUAUGACAAUAAGUGUAUUUUGGACUUCGUCUCAUGUGAGAAAGGCAAAGUUGUGUCUGUAGAUUAUGAAGGAAAAUGUGAACCGGAUAUUACAUCAAGUAAGUUAGACAUGGUUUUGUUACUUUUGAUUGUAUAAUUAUCGUUAAGGAAGUCGGCAAUAUUUCAUGAUACUCUGUGGAUUUCUGAAAUACCUUCUGGUGAUUUGGGAUUUUAGAAUGAGUCUGUGACCUAAUUACCAGGGCCCAGUUGUUCGAAGGCCGAUUAGCGCUAACCCAGAGUUAGAUUUUAAUCUGGGUUUCUUUAUUCCUUUACUCUAAAGCCUUUUUGGGAAAAUUUUCAAUGUCCUUUUUAAAGCAUCAAAUAGUCAUACUCUAGACAAAAAGAAUUCGACUGAAUUUUCUUUUAAAGCUUUUAGAUCUGAAAUCGGAUUUCACACUAACCCUGGGUUAUCUUAACCCAGCUUUGAACAACCCGGCCCAGGUCUCCACCCUAGUUCUGAUCAUCAUACAAUACAUUAUUUGAACUAGGGAGUGACAAAUUAUCAUGUAGGCUGGUUAUCCAGGCAAGAGUAGUCCUGGGAAGGAGUAUUUUCGGUGGUGGUGACUGAUGUUUAGCAGAAAUCAAGGUCAGAGUCGAGAAUUGAUACUUGGCUUGGAUGAUGACUUCCACAAAGAUUGUCGAAACCCUCGUCGCCACCACUGACAAUGUUCCUUCACAGGACUACCCUUGCUUGGGCAAUCAGAAUACACUAUCAUAUUUUUAAUCGUUGUUUGUUUGGUACAUUGCAAAACGUAGUUUAGAAGAUGGAUAAGCAAUAUUUUUCUUCAAUGACUGAAUAUAUGAAAAUCAUAAUGUCAUAUAUUCAUUUUAUGAUGUCAUUUAUUCAUUUUAAAAUUUUUCUUUAUUGAAAAAAACUGAAUUUACUGUUGACUUAACUAGGAAAUUAGACAAACUGUAUAAUUGUCAAAAUGAUGUCAAAAACGGUUCUUCAUAAUUGGUUAUCAAAUUUUAGGAAUUUACUGUAUCCAUCAGUCGGUUCUGAUUUAGAAUGGAGUUAUGUUUAAAUCAUAAAUGGAUUAGUCAUUCCUUUUCCAAAUCUCACAUUUCAGUUGUUUAGUUUUAACAGGUGCUACACCAGAUCCCUGUUAUAAGGUCAAUUGCAGCCAUUAUCUCGCCAGUUGUCAAGACAUAAAUGGUACAGCAACCUGUGUAUGCUCAACUGCAGUGACACUUGACUUAAGAUAUGUCUGUGGUUCUGAUGGAAAGACAUAUCCAAAUCACAGAUCCUUAGAAGUUGCCAGCUGUCUCUCUGGCGGUGCUAUCAAGAAGGUCAAGGAUGGAAAAUGUAAGAGCUACUGUCCAACUUUUAGAUACUCCUAGAAACAUGGAACCUUGGAAAAACAGGAGGAUAUCUUCAUAAGAGCUCGCUUGGCUCCUGAGAGCUUUUUCUUUUUUUUUUCUUUUUCUUUUUUAGCUCCUGGACCAGCUGUCAUUUAUGGAUUUGUUUUGUUGUUGAUUUUUGUCCAUGCUCCUUCUAUCUGCGACAAAACUGUUGACACAUUGACUUUAUUAACCCUUUAUUACUUCCAUUUUAUCUCUUUUGCCCUUUUUAAAGUAACCUAUUUACCCUCUCCUCCCCCCUCCUCAAAACAUAGUUUUAUCGCGUUUAUAUGGACUUUUAGUUACAUACAGGCAACACUGAAUGGGGAAGUGGGGGGCUUGUCAACGAGCAAGAGUGUGGUAGACACAGGAGUGUUAUUCUACAAAUAAAUAGAUAAAUAGGACUGUUCAAACAUGAUGUGUCUACUAAUUUUGACAUUGAAUGUAGGUACUUUCCAAUCCUUGCCGACUUGCUAUUUAGAGAAACCUUUAGAUAUAAGCCAUAUUUUAAUCCUGAAGAAGCUGGAUUUCAGAUUUUUGGCUCCUCUAUAGUUGCUUCAGGAAAAGUGUCCUGGUGUUUGGCAUGAUUUUAUACCCGUUUCGUUUCAGGUCCUCAGCUUAAAAAUCCUUGUGAAGUCAGCCUUUGUAGCCACAAGCGUCACAGGUGUGAAGUUCAGAAUGGCACAGCCUCGUGUGUUUGUAACACAGCAUGUACAUUAGAGUAUAAUCCAGUUUGUGCUUCUGAUAACAACACUUAUCCCAACCCGUGUGGUAUGGAGGUGGCAGCAUGUCAGAGUGGGGAGCGCCUUCGAGUCGUCAGACCAGGGAGAUGUGGUAAGCUUCAUUGAACACUUUAAAAGCUGACGUUUCGAGCGUUAUCCCUUCGUCAGAGCCAUUAGACGAAAGGCUAACGCUUGAAACGUCAGCUCGUAAACUUUUAACGGUGGCCAAUUUGCGUUAUCAACCCGUUGAUGAUACUACAUUACCCUGUUAUACUCUCCCACCGACGCAGCAUCACAGUUUCUUUAGAAACUUACGCCAUCUAUUCAUUAAAUACUGACUGAUUCAACCGUAAGAUGUAUCCAAGCAUGUAAAUGAUUAAUGGUUUUGUUUUUGUUUGUUUGUUUGUUUUUUCGGUAGGUAGAAAUUAAUUUUUACGUUGUUCACACUGUUUGGUGACUUUGAAUUUUUCUUUUCAUCGUAGAUGCUGUUAUCUCUGGUUUGAAACCCAAUAUCUGUCCCGCUCCGUGGAAAGGUCUGAAUGGAAUUUGUGACCGAAGAGCAGACUCGUGUACGAAAAAUGAGGACUGCAAGGAGGAUGGAGGAAAGUGCUGCUUUAAUGGCUGCCAGAAAGACUGUGUUCAAUUUGGUAUGUCAAAUGAAUGCAGAUUUCAUUUAAUUGGUUUAAGAGGGAAGUGUUUUUCAGAACGUUGAUAGGAUUGUCAAAUUAUACCACAAGAACAAUGCCAGUUGCAGAUUCUGACAAUUUAGUCAUGCAAACGUUUCUGUUUUCCACAGUUAGGUCAUGCAAACCUGUAUUUAGCUAUAAAAUGACCAAAGAUUAAGUAAUUCCAAGUAUUUCAGAACUUAAGUUACUUUGCCAUUUGAUCAUUCUUGCGUUAUUAAGUUGUAAAAGAUCAAAAAGAAUUUGGCUGCACGUGAAGUAAUAUACUUAAACUGAAACUACAUCCUGUCAACUUAUUUUCCAAAGGAGAGAAUAAUCAAACUAAGUAAAACUGAUGCUUGGGUUAUAAUUUUAAAAUAGCGAUUUCACCUAUAUUUAAGUCUGAUUAGCUAUAUUUCUCUUAAUGAUUUAAGCAAUUUCACCGUAAAAUCUUAAAAUCUGGAUAGUUUUUGUUUUCUUGAUGAAACCAACAAACAUUUAUUUUAUGUUUUCUUUGUAUGAAGUUCGUGACCUUGAAUGCCCUAACACGUGUCAUGAGAAUGCUCAGUGCAUAGAACUAGUUUUUGGAGGUCGCAAAUGUGUGUGUAACCCAGGAUAUGAAGGAGACGGCAUUGAUUGUGCAGGUGAAUUACCGGUCUGUUUUUUAAUUUAACAUUACGCCUCAAUUGGAAUUAAUUGAUGCUCAGGGUCUUAGGGUGUAGGGACACAACAUGUAAAAGUUGAAGACGUACAAAUGCAAGAGAAAUGGUGUGGGAGCAAUCGGCAAGUUUUUUCAAAAUUAAUUGCUGAGAAUUUGCCACUAUAGGUUUACAAAUGUUACAUUCAACUUGUGUAAGGAAUGUGAGAAUUUCUUCAACAUAAAACCCCCGCGUCCAUGGUCGUACAGUGUCAUGUUUGAACAUAAAUCAUUUUUUUGCCCACAGUUAAAUCUGUAUUCCAGGUCUGGCAAUGUUAACUUGCCCAGAAUUUUGUUAAAAGCGGAAACGACAAGAAAUCCAUUGUUCCAGACCUGUGACAUCCUGGGUUGUUUGGCUUAGGGCAACCAGGACCGAAAAACACAUGUCAAUAACCUGGUCAGGACUCAAACAGAUAUCUCUAGGGUCCACCGGUUACUUUUUAACUACCUCUCCCAAGGGGAAGGAACUUUGAUCAUCAUUGGUGAAAUACAUGAUUUGAUGGACUUAUUUUUAUGCAUGUGCUCUAUGUUCAACAGCUGAUCCUUGUAGUGUCAAGAAGUGUGAGCAUUAUGCAACUUGCGUGGAGGACGGCGGCAUGGGAAAAUGUGUCUGUCCACAAGUUUGUCCUCUGAAUUUCAUGCCUGUCUGUGGCUCAGAUGGAAAGAUAUAUGACAAUGUGUGUCUUAUGCAAGCUGCGUCAUGCAGUCAACAGAAGAAGAUCACCAUCGCCAGUAAAGACAGUUGUAGUAAGUCUUCAAAUGAACUCCUCACAACUAUUUUUUAGGAAAAAUAGUAUUCUCUAGAACCUGGGUUGCAUUGUAGAGAUUUAACUUCAUUUUCCCUUAGUUGCUCUAAGUAGCAUGGGUCUUAUGUACAGGGUAGAAUUCUGACGGUGCAAACCAGCCUGAGUCUGUUUUGCUGAGCUGUUGAACUCUGUUGCACAGUAACCUUCAUACAAGUCUUAUUUAACAGUGUAUAUUUUACUACACGGGAAAUAAGCUUGUUUAACUUUUAGUGUGCUGGAGACUGAAUUGAAAGGCCGUAGCUUGGUCAUCUUAAACCUGUUCUCAAAAUCUUCUUCCUGUGUGAUGGUAAACUUUCAGGGGCUCUGUACGAUGGGGUCAUAAUAGGUGAUGGAGUGGUGUCCCAAUCAAGGCAGGAGUAGCGUUGCUGCGUGUAGCAUCAUGCGACUGGGCAUCCUAAAUCAUUACUUCAUCUCACCUCUUUCAUUUACUUCAUAGAACCAGACCCUUGUGAGAAGUCCAACUGCAGUCAUCCAUUACACCACUGUCUCAAAUCACCCCGAGGUGCUGCAUGUGUUUGUCUGCCAUUUUUGUGCACAAGAGAAUACAUCCCGGUAUGUGGAUCAGAUGGCCAAACGUAUCCUAACGAGUGUGUCCUAAGGUCAGAAGCAUGCGAGAGAAGUCAGACAAUAACGGUGGCUAGUCAAGGAGAGUGCAAGCAAGAAAACAAAAGUAAGAUAUAUGUCAUGUUUUGCAGUUAUGUACGUGUUGGUCACUUUAGCCAGUAAUGUUACGAGAACUGUAGAUCACGCAUGAGUAGCAGUUGGUUUAGGUCUCAGUAGUCAAAAGAGGUUGGGCGGUUAACCUUGAUGUCAGCGGCCAAAAUCGCUUAAUGCACUGUAGACAGAAAGGAGCUAAAGAAGCUAGUGAUGAACCUCAAUAAGAGAAAUAUUUGCUAGAAUGUAAAAGCACUGCUUUCUUGGGUGAGGGUCUACCAAAACAACGACAGCGUGAAAGUUGAAAUAAGAGGUUUUCUUGAUUUCCUUCACCCACCACUCCUCACAGACUUAUGUGAGAACUAAAGAUUGUUUUGUUAGAGCUUUUUGGUUUGUUUUCUGAAAGAGCUGCGCUUAUCUUGAAGACGAGUAUUAUGAUCGCAGUGGUGAUGAAAAUCAUGAUGGUGAAGAUGAUGUACAUGUAUUAUUUGUGAAACAACUCUUCUUAUUGGUCACGUGCAUCGUUGUUUACCUGACACCUCUUGGCUCCUUUUUUCACAGACCCUUGCAGUGCACCUGAUCUUUGUACUCAUCCUUACCAUCAGUGUCACGUGGUGGGUGGUAAGGCCCUAUGUGUUUGUCCUAUGGUGAUCACCGCAAAUCUGGCACCAGUGUGUGGCUCGGAUGGACAAACAUACCCCAACCCCAGCGCUCUUGAGAGUAUGAGCUGCCUAGCAAAUAGAAUCGUGGAGGCAGAAUAUUCUGGUGAAUGUCGCGGUGAGUAGGAACAACUCAUGAUUGAUUAUUGAAAGAGUGAAUGAGUAGCACUGGAGGUGACUGACAAUUAUGAAGCUUAGUUUCCCAGUGAGAGUUGUCCUGAAAAAACUGUUUUCAGUGAGAAUGAUGUCGAUUUUUUCAAAAGCCUGAGGUCAAGACAUUAUCUUAAUCCAGUGAAAGUCUUUACUGAUGGAGGUGAAGGUCGGCCAAAGUCAUUGUUGUACACUUCUCACAUGGAGUAAGCACCUUGUUGUUGUCGUAAUCUGUCCAUCCAGUAAACUAGCGUUUAAUUGUAAGAGAUAGUUUUGCACAAGACUAUUUUUACCAUGAUAUAUGAUCCCUUCAGAAAGAUCAAACCAGGAUUAGUUAGACUCAUUGUUCAGUCAGAAAACCUUUUAUACACAGUGAAUGUUUCUUAUCAGGGAACUUUGGUAAUAAUUUUAGUAGCUUUAUUUAUCAUCGUGGCUUCGUUGUGUUCUAGCUCCGUGGGAUCCCUGUGACAUUUCACUGUGCAAUCAUCAUCGUCAUUACUGUAAAGUGGUCGACGGUAAGGCCACCUGUGUUUGCUCUCAACUCUGUCCACUUAUCCUGAGGCCAGUGUGUGGUUCAGAUGGUAAGACAUACCCAAACAGCUGCACCUUGGAGGUUGAGGCCUGUAUAUCUGGUAAAGACCUGACCGUCAUAUCAGAGGGAGAGUGUGGUAAGUGUUUUCUUUUGGAAAUCUGUGAAAUAAUAAUAUUGUUUGAAACAGAGGUGAUAGGGGAUUUUAAAACAUGGGCAGUAUCACAUACGGUCCUCAUAUGGAUGUUGGGCCGUACGGGUCGUAUCAUGAUAAAGUUCCUAAACGAAGUUCUCUGAUUUUCGAAGUUCUCCUUCUAUUUAGAAGGGCCCCAUUUCUCGAAAAAGUAUCGCACUUCAACUGAAAAGUGAGAGGCAGGCAAACACUAACACAGCCGGGUUGAGGAAGAAAUUAAGCACUCUUAAACUUUAACCAUCGAUUAUCUUCAUUGUUUGAUUGUCUUUCUUCCUUGCUGCAGCGAAUAACGAAAACCUUGUUUGUUUUCUGUUGGAUUACAGAUCCAUGUUCAAGGAUGGAGUGCACUGAUCCAAGAAAGCAUUGCAGAGUUGUGCAAGGUGCAGCAACCUGCGAGUGUAAUGAAAUCUGCACACUUGACUUUAACCCAGUUUGUGGUUCAGAUGGUGAAACAUAUCCCAACGAGUGUAGUCUGGAGGUCGAGGCAUGUAAAACUGGAAAAAUCUUAACCGUAGUGAAAUCGGGAGAAUGCGGUAUGUGUUGUGAUACUGUUUAUGUCAAUUAGGAAUAAACUGUAAGUUAUGGUUUGCUUGCAGUGCAGGGUCGGACGCUGCUUUGAUUGAAUUAUAGAAAGGUGGCUGGAGAGAUCGAUGGACUUUAACUCUGGUUAUUUAGCUCACAGAUGGAAUACCACCCCUUUGCCUGGCAAAUACCUGCAACUAGACCAUGACCCCCUAUUCCAGGCACCCGUAAACGCUGAUUAAAUCAACUGAAGGGAAAAAAGGAAAGCUUGUUCGAGGCAACGUUUAAAAGCAUCUGCGAGAGAAGCUCUUAUGACGAUUAAGCAACCGCCACUACCAAACUACUCAAAUUUCUAAAUCAGUAUGCCCACUGACUAGAGGAGCCCGCUAAGCACUCGGCGGUUACAAGAACCUUGAACAGUUUUCUUCCAAUAACCUUUCUGGGAUCAAUAUAAGUAUCUUGGCAACUGCCCACCCACCCCUCCCCUAACUGAAAAACAGUCAAUUGAUGAAAAGUUAGGGUUAAUUUUGGGUUAGGGGAGUGGUAGGUGGGCAGUUGCCCAGAUACUGAUAUUGAUCCCCUUUCCACUUAAAAAUGUGUAGAUUGUUUUAAGGAAAAAUUCCUUCUCAGUCACUCCUUUCUGGGUCACAUUUAGUUGACAGAGCUGCGUCUGUUAAUUCUUAAAAUUUUGAAUUGGACUUUUUUAGAGCCGCAGUGUCCCAUUUUGGACCCAACUCCUCUCUGCGCUUUGAAAAACGGAUCCUGUUUUACAGGAAACGUAACUUGCCCCACUGGACUGAAAUGCUGUCUUGAUAAUGACUGUAGUCACAAGUGUACUGAGCCUGCGCUUGACGAUGGUGAGUGUUUUACUUUUCAGAGACUCCGUCAGAAGCCUGGGGCAAAAUUACACCCGAACAUCAGUAUGCAUAUUCUCCCUACUGUUCUGUUUGCAUUUCUCAAGGUGCUGACGGGGAGAAUUUGUUUAACAAUCUAGAGUUCCUCUAGUUGGUCAUCAUUGCGUUAUUCUCGUGACCUUAAUGUGUGGUUCAAGAGUGAUAUUGUAAUAAGAAAUUAGAUGCCAAUCACUCUUUGGGGGUGAAGGGCCAAGACUCUUCUAAAAUCUAUGUUCUUACUUCAGAAACCUCUUUUUCAACAAGUGGGCAAAGAUAAGGGAGCAUGAGUUCGUCUUCUCUUCAGGAAGACUAGUUUACAAUUUUCAAUAUGUUCUGUCUUUCAUCGGUUUGAAAGCUUAACAGUACUAAGUUAUUAUGGUUGCAUUUAAUUUGAUUGAAAACUUUCUUUUAUCUACAUUUCUUGAACUUAUUUCGAAAACUUUAUAUGUUUUUUGAGUUGCUCUAUCUUUGCUUCGCGAUCACGGGAACUGAAUAACGUUAUUCUUUGUUAACAACCUUUUUUUGGUCCUAUUGUUUCACCAUUUAAGCACAAUGUGUCGUAAACUAGGAAAAACUGGAAUUAGAGUCACUUAUAUGUUUUUAUAAAAGUUUUUCUUUAUUUGCAAUAUUAUACUCAAUUCAGAGCUGAGCCUAGUUUUGUUGUUUGCUCUUUGUUUUAGGGACAAGACCUGGCGAGUGUCCCAUACUUAACCCAACUCCUAUUUGUGCGAAUUUAACCGGAUGUCAGUCAGACAAAGUAUGUCCCCUAGGCAGCAGAUGUUGCUUGCAGAAGGGCUGUACACAGAAAUGUGUUAAGGUUGAGAUUCUUCCCCCUCCGCCACCAUGUGAGUAAAUUAUAAACCAUGUCUCAGAUCAUCAUAACAUUCUGUUAGGCUAUUAGACGAUAAAAGAAAAAUUGACAGUUAUUGUGUGUGCAUUUGUAUCCAUUACUGGUUAGCUUUUUGUGUACACGCGAUAGUGUAGUUUUAGGAAAAUGUUGCGUGUUGAAUGUUCUGUUUUUGUUUCUCGUAGUACUACUUCAAUGCCCAGUUUUAAACCCUACUCCACUGUGUAGACAGCCGGCAGGUGCCCCACCCAACUGUCUCACAGGCGGUCCAAAGUGUCCCGCAGGAAAAGCUUGUUGUCUUGACAAAGACUGUAACCACAAGUGUGUGAAACCUGCGCUGGCUGAUGGUGAGUUGAAUUUAAAUUAUUUUCAGGAUGGAAUGUUACUGCUGAUUGUUCACAGAAUGAUAACUUGAUUGAUUUACAAGGUCCAAAUUCUUAAGACUCAUUCAAAUGAAAGUUUUUUUUCGGAUGAAAGAAAAGUGAAUAUCCCAGAAAGGAACUCGUUGGAUAAAGAACCCAGAACAAGCAGUAGACGCAAAGAGAAAGUGUGCUCUAGAAAACUUUUUAUUCGUAUUAACUCUCACGGCUUUUGAUAUAUAUAUAUAUAUAUAUAUAUAUAUAUAUAUAUAUAUAUAUAUAUAUAUAUAUAUAUAUAUAUAUAUAUAGAUAUAUAUAGAUAGAUAGAUAUAUAUAUAGAUAUAUAGAUAUAUAUAUAGAUAUAUAUAUAGAUAUAUAUAGAUAUAUAUAGAUAUAUAUAUAGAUAUAGAUAGAUAUAUAUAUAUAUAUAUAUAUAGAUAUAGAUAUAUAUAGAUAUAUAUAGAUAUAUAUAUAGAUGUGUAUAUAUAUAUAUAUAUAUAUUGAUGUAACCCUUUUUUUUCCCUUUUCUAGCCUUUAAGAAACCUGUGCUGAUACAUAAAAAUAAGUCUACAAGCUUAAUUUUAAAUUUUUUUUCUCAGGUACACGACCAGGCACGUGCCCUGCGCCAAACCCCAUAUCGACAUGUGAAUCAACAACAGGUUGUGAGUCCGACGAUGGAUGUGCUUUGGGGGAGAAAUGCUGUCUCCAGUGGAACUGUACAAAGAUGUGCGUCAAGACUUUGCCUCCUCUCGUGAAAAGUGGCCAUGAAAGUGAGUACAAAUAACACUUAUUCACAAGGACAUUUAUGACAGCCAGAGGGGAGAAUUAUUUGUAGAUCCUCAGAGCUGAUGGGCCAAGAGAGCUACUAGUUUAAUUUCUGUUGUUUAUUUCCCUUUUUCCCGGUUUUUCUCCGAAGAACGCCCCUCCACGUCAAGACUAACCACUUUUGUCGGGACUUCAACCUGUCAGCCCCCAUGUCAUCCCUAUGGUUUUUGCGUGAAGAACAAAUGCACGUGCCAAAGACUUUGUACACGUGAAUAUGCUCCUGUGUGUGGUACGGACGGGAAAACGUACAGCACUGAGUGUGUCAUGAAGGGUAUGGUGUGUGAACAAGGAACUAUGGUCACUGUUAAGCAUCCUGGGGAAUGCGGCAGCCGUAAAGGUAAGGGAGCUCGACUUUGCUCUGCUUCAGCCACUCGGGAAUGUUUAGCGUUUAUAUUUACUUUAGAUGAACUGAUUUGGUGCUAGUCUCCUAUGCAGUCGAUGUUUGAUCUUGUCACGUAAGGCGUUCUCUUUGUUACAUAACGCUCUUGACUUCCACACAACACUUUUGUCAUACAACACUCUUUCUACUGGUGGAGGGUUUCUUUCACACAACACUUCUGUCACGCAACACUCUUUCUGCCGGUGUAGGGCUUCCACCAGGAAGAGUAUUGUGGGACAAAACCAAAGGCUGACGAGUUCAAGCAACGGCUGUGAAGGAGGUUAUUAUGAUGCGUGAUGUACCAAUUUUUUUUUUUUUUGGUCUAAAAAUUGGACACAAACAAAAAAGAAAAAAAUAGUUCGAACGCGACCAAAGAUUUAAUUUUGUGAUACUGCUGUUAUAUUGUAUGGAUUGUAUAUUAUAAGGACUUUGCGCACUAGAAAUUAAAAAUUUCAAACCCGUCAUGGGGAGAACAUUUUCGACAAUUUCCAUCGGAACGAAAAAUUUCGAACCCUUUAUGGGCUGCUGCAACGUUAGUGAAAAAAAUAGACAAUUAUACGAUCCUCAUUGAUCGAAGAAGAAAAUAUUUUUAUUUGUUUCUCUAGAUGAUUUAAUUUGCAUACCACCCUGUCAUCCAUUUGGAAAGUGUGUGAAAAACGAGGAAUCUGGUCAAAAUGAAUGCACAUGUGACAGAGUAUGUACACGAGAGUACGCCCCUGUGUGCGGUACAGAUGGCAAAACAUACAGUACCGAGUGUAUAAUGAUGUAUUCAGUGUGUAAGGACGCCAGUAGUGUGGUUAUGAAGCAUCCAGGAAAAUGCGGAGAAGGUUAGUGUCCUAUUGCUUCAAUAGAAUAGUACUGUGGUAAUAAUAAAGGCAGAUAGUGAAGCUAAAGCAAUAAGACGUGCGGCAGAGAAAAAAGUGAGAGGGCAGGUGAUCGAUCGUAACAGGGUAAGUUUCCAAAGAAACUGUGGUGUUGCGUCGGUGGGGGAAAAAAACAAGAUAAUUUGGAAUUUGGUUUUAUCGACUGAGUUAAUGGUGUAAAUCAGCCACUGUUAAAAGUUUUUAAAGCUGGACAUAAGAUAAUUGAGCAAGUUAUAUAGGAGCGAAGUGGCGGCAACGAGAUUUCAUAACAUGAUGGCUUUGCCAACUUUAUGAGGAACCGUCCAGGCGAGUGUUGGUCAAAUAUCUCAAGAUGCUGAAACGACAAUAGAGUUUCUUUAAAAGGAUCCCAGCUUAUGAGUAUUGUUUAAAAUUUUCUAUCAACUGCCUAAUAUUAUUUUCUUCCUUUUUCUUCCUUAGAAACACCCGAAGAUAGCUGUCCCGUUUUGAACCCGUCACUUAUUUGUAGUGACCCUAUACAAGGCUGCUCUGAAGACUCCGAAUGCGCGGACGGGGAGAAAUGUUGCUUGCGAGGAGACUGUACCAGGAGAUGUUAUGCACCGGCCAAACCCGGGCGGUGCCCUAGCUCUGACCCCAAGCUAUGCCCUCUAAUCCUUCGACCUCCAGAGUGUGCAACAGACUGGGACUGUAGCGGAGACCUCAAGUGUUGCUUUGAUGGCUGCAUCAAGAAGUGUACCUCUUCGUUUGAAAAGCCUCGAGAUGGUAACCUAGUUUUUCCUUGUUUUUUGCUUCAUUCCUCAGCUAAUUUACUCCCUUCGUUUGUUUUUUUUUUGUUUCAGUUGCUGCGGUUUAUUUGGUUGUUCGCUCGUUCGGUGGUUUAUGGUUCUUUUCAAUCGAUUCUGCCAGUUUCUCGUGCGUUCAGUAGCGCAACGCUUGUCUUUUCGUUCUCUAGUUGGUUCGGAUAUGGUAAUAAAAAAAAAACAAAUUGGCUACAACUUACCAAGAAUUUAAGUUUCCAUCUUUUUAGAGUUUUUAAAGAUUUCGUAACAGCCUGAGGACAUUUCCAGAUGGUUUCAUGAUUGUUUUAUUAGACAGAUUAAUUAUCACAUGAAAACCAUUGCUGAAUUUGUCUCGUUGUGAAUCUGAGGGAUUCUUUUCGUUAUGAAAAAAGUCUGUGUGAAUCUAAAACCUGAUGUUAGGUCGCUCUUAUACCACCGUGAAUAUACUUUGUUAAUCAACGAACCUCUUUUUCCGCAUUCCCAGAGAACCCCUGUGAAGUUACUCUAUGUAGCUUCCCCACCCCAGUGUGUAAAGUUGUCAAAGGCAAGCCCACCUGUCAGUGUCGGGAGACAUGCCCUAUCAACCACAUUGAUCCUGUGUGUGGAUCAGAUGGGCGGACGUAUGACAACAUGUGUCAGCUGGAGAUGAAUGCUUGUCUGCUAGAGGCUGGUGGGAUGCCGCCUGGGCAACUUACGUACAUCGGAAAUGGAGAAUGUAAAGGUAAAGUCUGCUGUUAAAUAUCAGUCGAAGUUAACCAUCAAAGGUAUGCUCCCAGAAGAAUAAAGGGGGCCUUGGGGGCCUAUGAGGUUACUCAAAUUUUCAGCAACAAAUAACGGUUAUUUGUCGCUGAAAAUUUGAAUAGCCCCAUAGUUGAAUUAUCAAUCACUUCAAAGGCUAGACAUGAGAAAUAGCUUUCAUUUGCAUGGCAUUCACUUCAGUUGUGUCAACGGACGCGGUUUAUCCACAGACCUUAAUGUUAGAUAUCUACGGUCUGAACCGUUGAUACAUAUACAUUAGAAGUCUGUUCAGUAGCUUAAUUUGAAAAGUAAGUUGAGGAGCUCGCCAGCGCAGACAUUUCGAACAUUUCAAACAGAAUAUCGUUUCUUUUUGUCUCACAGCUGCUCAGAUUUGCAGUUUACCAGUAGAGACGGGUCGCUGCUUCGCUGCUAUGAAACGAUUCUUCUUCAAUUCCACCUCCCGACGGUGUGAAGAGUUCAUAUUUGGUGGAUGUGAAGGAAAUUUAAACAGAUUUGACACCGAGAAAGAUUGUUUCGACUUCUGUGGAUGUAAGUGAUGUCUUGAACUGUCACAGAUUGUGAGCAUAGGUCACGUAAUGCUUAGCAUGGAUUACAAAUAAAUGAAAUGAUUCAUAUUUUGGCCUUCGAAUGAUUUCUUAGCAAAGAAAUGAUCCUCGAAAGUAAAUUCAAGAAAUUGCCGACAAAGAAGCCUGAAAAUUUCUAGUAGCCUGCGAGUGGGCGCUUCUUCGUCCGCGGAAAAUUAUUUGGCACUUUUCAUCAGUGCCAAAUCGAGGAAAAAUUUUGAUAAGUGGGAUGGCUAGUGGUGGGUAUUAACCGAGCUGCGAGGUAAAUGAGCCAGCGACUCUGAGGCAAAGCAGUGAGAUAAUAUAGCGCAAAAGGAUGAUUUUAACUCGCUUUUUCCUAUAAUUAUUACAAUAUUUCGGCUGCAAAUCCCGCGCGCGUUGCUCGAAAGUGCAUAGCCAAGGAUACUUGGAGUUUGAUUAGCCAAUCAGAGCGCGUCUUCAACGCUAUUCACUGUUUAAGUAGGUACAGAUAUCCUUUACUUUAAAUGUCCUGUAGAAGGUUAUCCAUCUUAUGUUUACAAUUUUCAGCCUUGGAUACGUGUGAGCUGAACCCUUGCCCUGAUCCCUAUGCUAUUUGUAGCAUUACCAAAUUAGGAGAACGGCAGUGCGCUUGCCCAGAAAUCUGCACAUCAAUCUACAGCCCUGUGUGUGGUACAGAUGGCCAGACUUAUGGCAGUGAGUGCCAGAUGAAGGCUGAAGCCUGUAAACAAGGAAUGAUGAUCAAGAUCAAGGCUCCUGGAAGAUGCAACAGUAAGGAAUUUUCUGCAGAAUUUUUGUCUUCAAGACUCCUUGCUAACCGAGUUUGAUUUCAGUAUUGUAAGUUUUUGAAUGAGUGUAGCGCAUGGGCCGUAGAUCGGAGGCGGGGGCGGCGUGCUAUACGGACCUAGCAACAGUAUAUACCUGAUCUCAACCCACAAAGGGGAAAAUACCAAUCUAUUUAACCCUUUAACCCCUAAAAAAGACUAUUAACCAUUUUCCCCAAUCAGUAUCACCCAUAAAACAAACAUGGAGGUCAUGAGAGUAAUGGAAAUGAUAUCACCAACUAAAGAUGCUCUUAAUUGUUAAACAAAUUCUCUUCGUCAGUACCAUAGGAAAUGUAGAGAGAACAGUAUGGAGAAAUUGUAUACUGAUAUUAGGGUGUAAAGGGUUAAACGGCCUAGCUUACAACGGGUUUCACUAUAGCUCAGUGGUAGAGCAUUCGAAGUACUAAUCGGAGAGUUCGUAGGUUCGACUCCUAUAUUUAGCUCUCGGAGUUCUUUUUUUCCGAGUAUGCCUCUGUUAUUCACUGAAUAAUAUCAUCUUUCGCGAGAAAAUACUUAGUUGUACAAUACGAACCUCAAACUUUGUCAUUAAAAAUUAUUCUUAUAUUAUUUUGUCCUUACAGCUAAUCCAGGUUUUUGCCCCAUUGUGGACCCACAGAUUUGUUCAAGUGAACCAGAAGAUUCUUGCUUUGAUGAUGCCAGCUGUAAGGAUAAUGAAAAAUGCUGUCACGAUGGCUGUAGAAAGCUCUGUGUGAAGCCUUUAACAAAACCUAAUCAAGGUCCACUGCGUUUGAUCAAACAACGUAAGUUUGAUAUGUAAACCGAGUCGAUACCUUAACUCUUUGACCUGUUAAGGUGACAAGCAUCUAAUUUCUCCUCAUAAUAUCACCCCAAAUCACACAUUAAGGUGACGAGAAUAGAGUAAAUGAUCAACAUCCAAGGAAGCUCUUGAUUGUUAAAAAAAAUUCUUUUCGGAAAUGUAUAGAGAACAGUCUGGACAAAUUGCAUACCAAUGCUAGGGUGUAAAGGGUUACUAUUGCUAUUUUUCUGAAUCCAGUCAAAGCUUAUAACAUGACGUACUGAAUGAAAUAUUUCUCAUGCACAGAAAUCACAUCACCUGAUUUUGGAAAAAAGCCUAUACCGAAAGAUUCUUGUAAGAAAUGUAAGUUUCCACAAAGUGCCUGUUCAGUGACUGAGCAAGGAGAAACAGAAUGCCGCUGUCCAGAAGUGUGCACGGCAGAUUUCGCGCCUGUCUGUGGCUCAGAUGGCCGCAAUUACACUAACAAAUGUCAGUUAGAAGUUGAAGCUUGUAAACCAGAGAACAUCGGCUCCUUGACUCUCAAACAUGUUGGACCGUGUGGUAAGAUUUAAAGUGUAGUACAUUAACGAUGAUCAUCUGAAUUGAUAUCAAUCCCUGGGCUACGACGAAACUUGAGAUUUUUUCCUUUGCAACGUAACGUCGCAAGCUAGUUGUCAAGUUUUGCGAGAGUGGCACUUUAGUUAAAUUUCUUGUAUAUCUAGAGAGUCUCUAGAGUGGUAUGUUAGUUAGAUAGACAUCCAUUGACAAACACACGCCAAUGUCAAAAAAAAUAACCAAUUAAAGAAAACCGGAGGACUGAAGACAGUUUGGGAAUGUAAUUUGAGCCACAGCGGUGGGAAGCAAGUGCUCUCGGUAAAGCGCCAUUUCUUUCCCCCAAGCUCCACGAAUGUGGAUAUUUUAUGGAGUAAUUUUUCAUUCCGUUUUUCUUUCCCAGUGUGUGAUCUUCCUCUGGCUGGUGGACCCUGUUUUGGUUACUUUCCACGCUUCUUCUUCAAUUCAACCACCAAGCAAUGCCAGAGGUUCGUUUAUGGAGGGUGCCAAGGAAACGGAAACAAUUUCCCGACUAUUGAGGCCUGCGAGAACAAGUGUAUCAGUAAGUGAUACUUGUUUGUAUUCAUUUAAAUGAUUUACAUUCCUUAGUGGAGAGUGUCGCUGUUGGAGUCAUUGUCUACUCCGGCAUUGUAAGACAAUAUACAGGCCAUGGUUCGGACCCAGACUUCUCGCUGACAUCUGAGCCUCUAAGCCUCACAUCGCAAGGUAAGCUGUUAAAUAAUUUUUUCUCUUCACAAUGCAGAUCCGUGCAAGAAUUACAAGUGUCCAUUCCCGCGCACAAGAUGUGAAGUAGAGGACGGAGCAGCUGUGUGUAAGUGUCCUUCCAUCUGUACGGCAGACUACCGCCCGGUGUGUGGAACAGACGGCAAGACCUACAGCAACAUGUGUGGGCUGGAGGCCACAGCUUGCAUGACAAGGCAUUUUAAACUGGGUGUCAAACAUCUGGGAGAAUGUAAGUUUGUAGAAGAAGCGCUGACACCUUGUUUUUCUUUAGCGAACUUGCCUAUCUACAGUGCUGUGCGCCUUUUUGGCUGUCUCGAAGCGGUGUGAUUGAAUGUCAUUUCGCGAUUGAUAAUUCAGACCGGCGAGAAAUUGGAUAGGGGCGCCCAGUGCAAUAAGAAUGAUAAUCCGCUACCUCGGAAGUUGUCUGAUUGUAGGGAGAACAUCGUGAGGAGACGAUUACAAUACAAUCGGACAAUCUUAGCGUUACAUUGUAUACACGCCGGCGUCCCCCAUCAUUCAAGAAUUGUUUUAUCAGCACACUUUCGUUUCUUCGUUGUACGGGCCCUUGUUGUGGAAUGAAAAUUUCACACAGAUAAUUUUCAAGACCAGGGAUAAAUUUUAACUAAAAAACCGGAUGAUUAUGUAUUGUUGUUAUUCCCUUCUGCAAUAGGCUUAAGUCCAAAUCCUUGUAAUGGGUUCGUCUGCAAACACAAGCGUCAAAGAUGUGUAGUUAAAGGCAACAAACCUUUCUGUGAGUGCAAUAAAGUGUGCACCCGAGAGUACGACCCUUACUGUGCCUCUGAUGGCGUUACUUACUCCAACAAGUGUGUCCUAGAGGUUUCCGAGUGUGAAAGUGGCAAAGACUUGGACAUUUUGCAUCCCGGGGAAUGUAAAGGUUGGUAAUGGCAUGAAUUAUAAUUCAUUUGUUGGGUAGUUGUAACAAAUCGACAGUGGUUUAGCGUGGUCUAUACUCUUGCUGAUAAUGAUAUUUGUCAUCACAGUGGUCAAAGUAUUGUGGACUCACGAGGCGCAGUUUAGUGAGUCUGCAACAAAAUGAGUCAAGAUUGUGACAUUACUGUCAAUUGUGGUGAAAACUACUAUUGAACAGCCCCCUUCUAAUAUCGCAGUUUUAUGAUAGUAUGCUACUGUGAUGGAAGGAUUAGCCCUAGUGAAACGUAAAAAAAACAACAACAACCUGUCACCCUCAAGAUCUCGAAGCUAACUCUUGCAACUGGUUACAAUAUAUAUCUUGGCUAGCUCGUCAGGAGAAUUAGGUGUUAAUAUCAAAUGGUUGUGGAGAUGGGAUUUCCAGGCUGAGAGUUGCUAGACAAACGAGAAUGUUUAUCUGCUCUCUUUGAUACGUCAGUGUCAUUGAUGGACUCUCUUUCUUGUGCAGCAUGUGAUCUUACCGCUGAGCCAGGGCCAUGUGAGGCCUACAUGCCGAGUUACUUCUUCAAUACCACAUCAAAAGCGUGCGAAGAAUUUAUAUAUGGAGGCUGUAAAGGGAAUGAUAACCGCUUUGCCACCAUUGAUGACUGUGAGAAAAAAUGCAAAGGUUGGCAUUUCAGUUUUUAUAUUCUUAAAACCUUGCGAGUACAGUUUUAUGCCAUUUCACUGAACUAACAGCAUGGAGCAGUGGUCUCUCCUAUUUACUGCACUAGUCAUCCUUUUAUUGUCAGCAGUGCUUAUAUCCGCGAAUGCGUCGAAUUCGUCUUUAUUUUAGACUUAAAAACAUUUAGUGCUUUACCGUUGUCCACAGAGCGUUUCUCUCAACCAAUCCAAUUUGCCACGUAGUUGUUGGAAAUUUCUUUCAGUGGGAUUGAGUUGUUUGACAUCACUAACACGGACAGUUUGCCUGAUUGACUGACUGUCUGACUGACGCAUUGAUAAAUCGUUCUGUAGAUUGAAAGAAAAGAUUCCUGAUUGAUAUCUUGACUGAUUGAUUCAGUGAUCUAUUUACUUGUUUGUUUUAUUGUUCAUUAACAGUUGAAAAACCAAAUUCUGACGAUCCGUGCCAGCUGAUGAAUUGCGACUUCCAUGGAGUUUGUCGAAUGGAUGACAAUGGUGAUGCAGUGUGUGAAUGUAACACGGCCUGCCCUUUCAUUUAUGAUCCUGUUUGUGGAUCAGACGGGAAGAACUACUCCAAUGAAUGUGUGUUAAAGUCACAGGCCUGUCUUACUCGCACCAUGAUCACUGUUGUUGGUGGCCCUGCAAAAUGCUGUAAGUUAACAGACUCCUACAACAAGGAUAAAUGUAUUGACUGACUGGUAGAGUUGAUCGACGGUCCAAUUGACUGUUUAUCCGAAUGACCACCUGCUUUCCUGCCUCUCUGGCUGACUGGUUUAUUUUUUGUAUAACUGACUGGUUUACUUUGUAUAACUGACUGGUUUAUUUUCUAUAUAACAACCUCCUGGCUCUUACCGAACCCACGACCGACAAGAACGCAGAGACGAAUAAAGCUCUGCCAGUUUCUACGUAGCGUUCAUAAACUUCCUUGUUAGUUUUAUUUCACAAUAAAUUUAAUCCUCCCUAACCAUUGUUCUUUUUCCCAUAGCAUCCAGAAGGAGGAAAUGCCAGACUUGCCCUGCGCGUUCAAGCCUCUUUGCACACUUUUGUGAAAGCGACUUUGGUAAGUCAACACAGAUGAUCUUUCACAAAGGCUGGUCCGAUACUGUUUUUAAUAUUUUCAAUAUUGCAAAGUGAGGGUGUGUUUAUCAUAAAAAUUACAUUCUCUUUUUUCGUUACCCCAGUUUGGGGCCAAGGGGCAUUUUAAGCUCUUGGACUGAUCCAAAAAUUUGUUUGAAAAGGUUGAUGUCUUAAGUUGGCGGUAUCUUAAGUGAAGAGAAUUUGUAAUUUUCCUUUGAAUUUGAGCUGUCUAUUUCCUUUUCAAGCGGAAAUCAAGACUAACUUCUGAUGUUGCUUGUAAUGAAUUUACGUGUGAUCUAUGAAAUGUAACCUAACACGUUCUUUCACAGUGAUCAAGGGCACGUUUGAGAAGAUAGAAAAUGGACAAGACUCUGAUGGGUCUUCCUUGAUGGUGCGAGUGACUGGGGUGUUCAAGGGCUCUGAUUCGUCACAGAAUAAACUUGUCAAGAUCGCCUUCGCUGAGGACUUAAACAGGUAAUUCUGGGAAGAAACUCCGCGCAGAAAAACCUCAUCGGAAAGUUAGAUUGCUACAAAAGAUCUUGAAGAGUUAUACGAAUUGAAAGAGCGCUCGGGGGUGCUUAUUUCACACUUGAGCUAAGACAAGUGGGGAAUCUGUUCUGAUUGAUAAACUUUACACUCAAUGAUUUUUUUAUUUCCCUUUGCACACUUAUUAUGAUAUUGUUCCUCUUGUCAAGUUAUUUGAAUAGAAAUUUCGGUAGAGAGGAGCGUCAAGUGCCAUUCCCAGAUAAAGGCGGCAAAUGAAAUACUGGAAGCACGCAACGAUCGUGUAGUGGCAUUGCGUCAGCCAUUAUGGAAAAUAGACUUACUGAAGAGCCUGUUUUGUUGUGUUUUUUUAUGUUUUGUUUCGUUUUAUUGUUUUGCUUUGUUUUGGUUUUUCUUCUAAUUUAUGUAUUCUCUCCCAUCAGUUGCUUCUGCAAAGAGCUUGGAUUGGGUAAAACAGUUGUCAUAGCAGGGACCUUGACGGAAGAUGGUAAUUAUCUACUGGACGAAUCAAGCUAUGUGCGUCAUGCAAGCGAACACUUGUUAAAGAAAGUUCAGGAGCGUACAAAGCAGAACAGAUGCAGAAAGACGAAGAAACAAGAAUAGUCAUAGAUGUGAUAAGUCUCCAUCGUAGCCGGUUUUAGGAAUGUUACAUUACGCUUCCCGCGUUACGUGACAUCCUAUAAGACAGCCACGAUGGAGAACGGGCCGUGAUAGAAACCAAGAGAACCC